AUGAAGGCACAAGGUUGGCUUUCCUACAUGUUGAACUUUGGGGGUCGGAGACACAUAAUUCACAUAAAAGCCAGGAAACUUUUGAUGCCCAGAUACUUGCCUAUCUUCACCUACUCAGACCAGGGUGCUCUCUUCGAAGACUACCUUUUUGUCCAGAAUGACUGCUAUUAUAAUGGUUAUGUAGAAGGAGAACCAGAAUCACUGGUUUCUCUCAGUACUUGUCUUCGGGGUUUUAGAGGAAUGCUACAGGUAAGUGACAUCAUUUAUGAAAUUAAGCCCAAAAGACUUUCACACACAUUUGAACACAUGAUAUAUAAGGUGAACAGUGAGAAGACACAAUCCCAAAUGCAGAGAUGUGGCUUAAUGGAAGUGGAAAUUGCAAGACAAUUGACAUUUGAAGAGAAAGGAAAUUACACUCUAAAGCAAAGCAUCAAGGAGUUCUGGUGGACCUAUAAGUGGUAUGUUGAACUCGCAGUAAUAAUAGACUAUGAUCUUUUCCUUCAUCAAAAGAGUAAUAUCUCAAAAUUGCAGGAGACUGUUUGCAAUACUAUCCAUAGGGUUGAUUCAAUUUACAGUCAACUGGGUGUAGAAAUGACUUUGUUAGCAAUUGAAAUCUGGAAUAAAGAAAAUCCAUUUCCCCUUAUUAGCUCAUCUAAGAUGCUAGAUGAUUUUUGCAAAUGGAAGAAAAAGUUUUUUAAUUCUCGUGUGCACCAUGAUAUUGCAAAUCUUUUUACAAAGAAAGGUCAUGGUCUUUAUAUUGAUUAUUCUUUUAUUAAUGGAGCAUGUAGCCACUCAUAUAACUGUGCAGUUUCGAGUUUCACAAGUGAUGAUUUGAACUCUUUUGCAUUUAUUGUAUCUCAUAAUAUUGGUCACUCUUUGGGUUUAGCUAUAGAUGGUGAAUGGUGUACAUGUGGCAGAAAAAGAUGCAUAAUGUCUGCAACAGGAAUAACUACAACAAAAUUCAGCAACUGUAGUUAUGCUGAUUUGAAGAGAGUGAUAACAAAAAAGAUGUGUUUGCUCAGCACACCAAAUCCAGGGGACACCUUGAUCUGGAAGUACUGUGGGAAUGGUGUAGUUGAAGAGGGAGAGGAGUGUGACUGUGGUUCCUUAGAUAACUGUACAAAAGAUCCCUGUUGUCAAUCAAAUUGCACUCUGAGACUUGGAGCCAUGUGUGCUUUUGGGCUUUGUUGUAAAGACUGUAAGAUCAUGCCAUCAGGACAAGUGUGUAGACAACAGAUCAGUGAAUGUGACCUUACAGAAUGGUGCAAUGGAACAUCCCAUCAGUGCCCAGAAGAUGUAUAUGUACAGAAUGGAAUACCAUGUGCAGGAGGGGGCUACUGCUUUGAAAAGAGAUGUAAUAACCGUGAUGAACAGUGUAGGCAGAUAUUCGGGAAAGAUGCAAAAAGUGCAAAUAAGAGAUGUUACGAAGAAAUGAACAUCCAGGGUGAUAGGUUUGGUCAUUGUGGUAGGAAUGCUUCUACAUAUGCAAAAUGCAAUAUCUCUGAUAUCAUGUGUGGCAGAGUUCAGUGUGAGAAUGUGAGACUAAUUCCUCUACUGCGAGAGCACACUACUGUGCAGGUGACUCACCUCAAUGAUGUCACCUGCUGGGGCAUAGACAUUAAUUUGGGGCUGAAUAUACCCGAUAUUGGUGAAGUGAAAGAUGGUACAGAGUGUGGACCAAAUCGUAUCUGCAUCCAUAGAAAAUGUGUCAGUAUAUCUCUCCUGAAAAGUUCUUGUUCACCCAAUACAUGUGGAAAGAGAGGAGUCUGCAACAAUAAAGGUCAUUGCCAUUGUGGUUAUGCCUGGGCCCCGCCACACUGCCUGACAAAAGGUAGUGGAGGUAGUCUCGACAGCAGUCCACUCAUUGAGAGACAAGGAGAAAAAAUGAAGACCAUACCAAAUCUCCUGUCACUGUUUUUGCUACUUCUUUUGUUUGUUUUGUGUUCCUGUGUGCUCAUUUUGGUUUGUAAGAAGUGUAGAAACAAAUAA